AGCGAACGGCCCCCGAGAACCCACGGUGACCGCGAACCCAGCGAGCAGUGCGCGAAAUUGAGACCCUUUGGCAACCCAGCCAGUUGCUCUGCUCUUUUUUAGGCGGCCGCCGUCGCGUGAAGACUGAAGUGAAAAUCGUGGUUCCCGCGACUCUCGUGUUUCGAUUCAUCUGAACCAGCAGGACAAGAUGGCAGCGGAUCAGGCUCAGUUCCAGCAGCUCCUGGUGUCCCUGUUGUCCACGGACAACGACGUGCGCCAGCAGGCGGAGGAAGCGUACAACAACCUGGCAAGGGAGCUGAAGGUGACGCACCUACUGGGAAACAUCCAAAAUGGCCAACAAUCGGAGGAAGCGCGCCAGAUGGCCGCCGUGCUGCUGCGCCGUCUGUUCACCACCGAGUUCCUGGAGUUCUAUAAAGAGCUUCCCGCUGAGUCGCAGAACCAGCUGCUGCAGCAGAUCCUCUUGGCCGUGCAGCAGGAGGUGACUCCUCAGCUAAGGCGGAAGAUCUGCGAAGUGGUUGCCGAGGUGGCUAGGAAUCUGAUCGACGAGGACUCCAACAACCAGUGGCCGGACAUCUUGCAGUUCCUCUUCCAGUGCGCCAACUCGCCCACACCCCAGCUGCAGGAAUCGGCGUUGCGGAUUUUCUCUAGUGUGCCUUCGAUCUUUGGAAACCAGGAAGCUCAGUACAUCGAUCUGAUCAAGCAGAUGCUUGCCAAGAGUAUGGAUGCUGGCUCCGAUCCAGAGGUGAGGGUUCAGGCUGUGCGAGCCGUUGGUGCUUUCAUCCUGUACCACGACAAGGAAAAGGAGACGGCCAUCUACAAGCACUUUGCCGAUAUGCUGCCCCGCAUGAUCCACAUCACUGGGGAGACAAUCGAAGCUCAGGAUGACCAGAGUCUGCUGAAGCUUCUCAUUGAGAUGACCGAAAACUGCCCGAAGUUCCUGCGUCCGCAGCUGGAGUUUAUUUUCGAGGUAUGCAUGAAGGUCUUCAGCUCGCAGGACUUUGAGGACAGCUGGCGACACCUCGUCCUGGAGGUUAUGGUUUCGCUUGCCGAAAACGCUCCGGCGAUGGUACGCAAGCGGGCGGACAAGUACAUUGUGGCUCUGAUUCCGCUGAUUUUACACAUGAUGACCGAUUUGGAUGAGGACGAGAACUGGUCUACCGCCGAUGUGGUCGAUGACGACGAUCACAGCGACAAUAAUGUAAUCGCCGAGUCCUCGCUUGAUCGCCUUGCCUGCGGUUUGGGAGGAAAGGUUGUGCUUCCGCACGUAAUGAAUGCCCUGCCGGCUAUGUUGGGCCAUGCUGACUGGAAGCAUCGCUUCGCCGCCCUCAUGGCCAUCUCGGCUAUCGGUGAGGGUUGUCACAAGCAGAUGGAGGCCAUUCUGGAUGAGGUCAUGACCGGAGUCCUGAACUUCCUGAGGGAUCCCCAUCCCCGCGUUCGCUACGCCGCCUGCAACGCCAUUGGCCAAAUGUCCACGGACUUUGCACCGACCUUCGAGAAGAAAUUCCACAGCCAGGUGAUCCCCGGUCUUUUGUCGCUCUUGGAUGACGUGGAGAAUCCCCGAGUGCAAGCGCACGCCGGUGCCGCUCUGGUGAACUUCAGCGAGGACUGCCCGAAGAACAUAUUGACACGCUACCUGGACGGGAUCAUGGCCAAGCUUGAGACUAUUCUAAACUCGAAGUUCAAGGAGCUUGUGGAAAAGGGAAAUAAGUUGGUUUUGGAGCAGGUAGUGACCACAAUUGCUUCGGUUGCAGAUACUUGCGAAGCAGAAUUCGUGGCCUACUACGAUCGCCUUAUGCCAUGCCUUAAGUUCAUCAUCCAGAAUGCAAACUCGGAUGAUCUACGCAUGCUACGAGGCAAGACCAUCGAGUGCGUAAGCUUGAUAGGAUUAGCGGUGGGCCGUGAGAAAUUCAUAGGCGAUGCCGGAGAGAUCAUGGAUAUGCUAUUGGUCAAUCACACCGAGGGAGGAGAGUUGGCUGAUGACGACCCCCAGACCUCCUAUUUGAUCACUGCCUGGGCCCGCAUGUGCAAGAUCCUUGGCAAGCAAUUCGAGCAAUAUCUGCCCGUCGUGAUGGGACCCGUGAUGCGAACGGCCACCAUGAAGCCUGAGGUGGCGAUGCUGGACAACGACGAGGUGGAGGACAUCGAGGGUGAUGUGGACUGGUCUUUCAUUAAUCUUGGGGAGCAGCAAAACUUCGCAAUUCGCACUGCUGGCAUGGAUGACAAGGCUUCAGCCUGUGAGAUGCUGGUAUGUUAUGCUAGGGAACUUAAGGAAGGAUUUGCCGAAUACGCCGAGGAGGUGGUGCGUCAAAUGUUGCCCAUGCUUAAGUUCUAUUUCCACGACGGUGUCCGCACAGCGGCUGCUGAGUCAUUGCCUUACCUUUUGGACUGCGCAAAGAUCAAGGGUCCGCAGUAUCUAGAGGGCAUGUGGCUGUUCAUCUGCCCGGAGCUGCUUAAGGUGAUCAACACGGAACCGGAACCGGAAGUGCAGUCGGAACUGCUCAACUCAUUGGCCAAAUGCAUUGAGACCCUGGGACCUAAUUGCCUUAACGAGGAUGCCAUGAAGCAGGUUUUGGAGAUUAUCAACAAGUAUGUUUUGGAGCAUUUUGAGCGGGCUGAUAAGCGAUUGGCGGCCCGAAACGAGGAGGACUACGACGACGGCGUGGAAGAGGAGCUGGCCGAGCAGGACGAUACUGAUGUCUACAUUCUUUCCAAAAUCGUGGAUAUUACACAUGCCCUCUUUCAGACGAACAAGGCUCAGUUCUUGCCCGCCUUUGAACAGGUGGCCCCACACUUCGUCAAGCUACUGGAGCCCAGCCGAUCUGUGGCCGACCGCCAGUGGGGUCUUUGCGUGUUUGAUGAUUUGAUCGAAUUUUGUGGACCCGCUUGUGCUCCAUACCAGCAGAUCUUUACGCCUGCCCUGCUGCAAUACGUUGGCGACAAAUCCCCGGAAGUGCGCCAGGCUGCCGCCUACGGAUGCGGAGUGCUCGGCCAGUUCGCCGGCGAGCAGUUCGCACUCACGUGCGCCCAGAUCAUUCCACUCCUGGUUCAGGUCAUAAACGAUCCCAAGUCCCGCGAAAUUGAGAACAUCAAUGCAACGGAGAAUGCAAUCUCCGCGUUUGCUAAGAUCCUGAUGUACAACAAGUCGGCGUUGACCAACGUGGACGAGUUGAUCGCGGCAUGGUUUUCUUGGCUGCCGGUUUCCGAGGACCCAGAGGAGGCCGCCCACAUCUAUGGCUAUAUGUGCGACCUGAUCGAGGGCAAUCACCCGGUAAUCCUCGGGGCCAAUAACUGCAAUCUUCCGCGCAUCGUCUCCAUCAUCGCUGAAGCCUUCUGCACCAAGGUUAUAGAGGCGCAGAGCGCCACGGGUACACGCAUGCUCACCAUUGUCAAGCAGGUGGAAUCCAAUCCUGAUGUGAUGGCCGCAUGUGCCAGCACUCUCAGUCCAGAACAGCAACAGGCUCUGCAGGACGCCUACCGGGAGUUGGCGAACGUGGCAACCGCCUAGAGCAUCGAAAACCCACUGUUCUCCAGACCUAAUCCAGUCCUGGCGACCUCGGCAAGGAGGAAAGGAUGGAAGCUUGAGCAAGUCGUUAUCAUUAUAUUUCAUCUGACCGAAAUUGUCGUCGCAAAUGCAUUAUAAACUAUACGUUUAAAACAUACAUACACGCAUACUUAUAUUUAUGUGUACGAUAGAGUUAUCCGGGUAUAUAAUUCUAUAUAUAUUGUGAUUUCAAUCAAAAAAACUUCUCCCGAAGACAAAAGUCUGCUCCUCAUUAGAAUUUGACAUGUUGUUUGGAUCAGAUCCCAAGGCCAUCACAAUCAUACACAAAUUCCAAUAGAUUAUUUUCGUUACUCAUUUUUUCAUAUGUUUUUCAUAUGUGUGUAUAUUCGGCCCGCACGGCCGCCUCCUCUCCCUGAAAACAAAUAAAAAACAGGAUGUAAACGUUGUCCGAAUCAAACGAAAUGUAAUUUUGUGCAUUCGAAACAAGAUCCACAAAAAUAUUUAAAGGAAUAACAUUUAUUGUAUUUUAAAAAUGAUAAAAAGAACGAAAUAAAUAACACGUAAAA